AUGACGGUUGGCGCCGCCGUGCAUGAGAGUUUUCCUGGACCUCCCUUCGGAUGGACGCAAUCCUCGCAGGCUGUUGACUUGUCAGCCAACACGACACUGCAAGCUUGGCUACAAUACGCAAACCUCGAUCAGCUUGAACCGCUCCUGGAAGCUCUCUCGACCCCUGGGAGUCCACAAUACGGGCAGUGGAUAAAUCUGGCUGAGCAGAACCGUAUUUUCGCGCCUCCCGUAGAGGCACAAAACCGGGUCCAGUCGUGGCUCGAGUCCUUCGGUAUCACCGACAUCUGUUCUGAUGGAAGUGUGCUUACCUUCACGACGAGCAUCUCCAUCGCCGACAGUCUUUUGAAUACCUCUUUCGCCUACUAUACAAACGGGGAGAGAACCGAGCUACGCACGCUGGAAUACUCCCUCCCAGAUGAUCUUCUAGACGUUCUAGAUUUCAUCACACCUACAACGUAUUUCGGCAAUCCCAAAGGCUACCCACAGGGGACCGAAUCCGACCCAGCACUGCAGCCAGCGGAGAAGAGGUCAGCAGUGCAGCAUGUGCGGAAAAGACAGACCAUGUCUCCAUCGUGCACAGAAGUAAUCGAAUACCAAGGAGUGAACUACACGUCAAUCCAGCCCCAAUGCUACCAACAACAGCUCAAUACUGGGCAAUACCAGGUGGAUGCCUCGGCUGGAAGUACGAUCGCUAUCACGUCUUUCCUGAACCAAACCGCCAGUUAUUCGGAUCUCGCCUUGUUCGAAGCAGCAUAUGACAUUCCGGAUCAGAACUUCACCAAAGUGAUUUUUGCGAAUGGCGAGACUUACAAUCUCGACGACCAAAGCUCAGUGGACUCCACUGGUGCUCCAAGUAUCAAUCACGACGAAGCAAAUAUGGAGCUCCAAAUCAUCAUCGGCCUUGUGGGCGGUCUGCCAGUUACAGAGCGAGUGACCAUCUGGUCUGAUCCAGGCUCGUUCGUCCCUGAUGUCUCAAUCGAGAAUGUGUCGGAUGCUAUGCCCGAGCCCUACGUUGAAUUUUUCCGGUUUCUUCUUUCCCAGGAGAAUAAGGAUCUUGCCUAUGUCAUCUCAAACUCAUAUGGUCGCCGUGAGCUUACGUACGAGAAGAGCUACGCACGACGGGUCUGCAACAUGAUCGGCAACUGCAUGUUGGGUUUGAGAGGCCGCACGAUACUUACAAGCUCGGGAGAUCAAGGUGUGGGCGCUGCUUGUAGAGCCAAUACUGGAGCGAUGCAGGCAGAGUUCGUUCCUACAUUUCCAGGUAUGAAGACAGUCACAAUCGCAGUCAACAGAACGCAGGAGCUUGAUCCCCCGACAGCCAUGAAUCGUAGCGGCGGCGGCUUUAGCAACUUCUUCCCACAGGCCUUCUACCAGAAACCAGCCAUUGACGCCUACCUUUCACAAGGCAUCCUCCCCGAAGCGAAGGAAUACUUUGCCUCCAACAACUACACCGACUUCCUCGGCCGGGGCUAUCCCGACCUCGCCGCGGACAUGGACAAUCCAAGGAUAGCGGGAUUUUACAACGGCGAGCGCGGUCCUAAUGGCGGGACUUCCGCUUCCGCGCCUGCCGUCGCAGCUGUCAUCGCACUGUUGAAUGAUGUUCGACUCCGUGCGGGCAAACCCGCUCUCGGCUUCAUCAAUCCAUUGAUCUAUGCUUUGAAGGGCGAGGGCUUCACCGACAUCACUCGCGGCUCGACGGUAGGCUGUAAUGGAAGCAGGAACAUUACCGGGCAGGCCAUUAUCCCUUAUGCGGGAUGGAAUGCAACUGAAGGGUGGGAUCCGACAACAGGUUGGGGCAUUCCCAAUUUUGGCCUGCUUAAAGAUAUUGUGCUCAAGUUCUGA